CCAGAGGGAGCCGGUGGGGAUCUUUCCCUUCUGUUCUGCUGGCUCUAUCCUCCCCUGGAGCACCCAGGGCGAGCUGCCCACGUCCAGCGAGGGCCGGGAGCAUCCCGGGCCCGGGGCCCGUCCACGUGCGGCGGUGCCGGAGCGGCCCGGCCGCAGGCACAGGGGCAGGGCGGCCGCAGAGCGGCUCCGCUCCCCCAACGCCCACGUAAGGAAGUGGUUGCAUUUCUCGGAGAGGAAAAGGGAAGUCGGUCGGGCUGCCUCGGCGGGGCAGGCACAGCUCCCGCCGCUCGCUCCGGGCUCCGUUCGUGUCGACUGCCCAGAGUCCAUGAACGAGCCCCGCCGUGCAGGAACCGAGCCCAGCCCGCGCUGCCCGCCAAGCCCGUGAGCCAUGGCCUACCACAGCUUCCUGCUGGAGCCCAUCAGCUGCCAUGCCUGGAACAAGGACCGCACCCAGAUCGCCCUGUGCCCCAACAACCACGAGGUUCACAUCUACCGCAAGGAUGGGGCCAAGUGGAGCAAAGUGCACGAGCUGAAGGAGCACAACGGGCAGGUGACAGGCAUCGACUGGGCCCCCGAGAGCAACCGGCUGGUGACGUGCGGGACCGACCGCAACGCCUACGUGUGGACCCUCAAGGGCAACGUCUGGAAGCCCACCCUGGUCAUCCUGAGGAUCAACCGCGCCGCCCGCUGCGUCAAGUGGUCCCCCAGGGAGAACAAAUUUGCUGUGGGCAGCGGCUCCCGCCUCAUCUCCAUCUGCUACUUCGAGCAGGAGAACGACUGGUGGGUUUGCAAGCACAUCAAGAAGCCCAUCCGCUCCACGGUGCUCAGCCUGGACUGGCACCCCAACAACGUCCUCCUGGCCGCUGGCUCCUGUGACUUCAAGUGCAGGAUCUUCUCAGCCUACAUCAAGGAGGUGGAGGAGCGGCCCAGCCCCACGCCCUGGGGCUCCAAGAUGCCCUUUGGGGAGCUGAUGUUCGAGUCGAGCAGCAGCUGUGGGUGGGUGCACAGCGUGAGCUUCUCGGCCAGCGGCUCCCGCGUGGCCUGGGUCAGCCACGACAGCACCCUGUGCCUCGCUGAUGCUGGCAAGAAGAUGGCCGUUGCCUCCCUGUGCACCGAGACGCUGCCCCUGCUGGCUGUCACCUUCAUCACCGAGCACAGCCUGGUGGCCGCGGGCCACGACUGCUGCCCGAUGCUGUUCACCUACGAGGAGAGCCAGGGCGCCCUGACCUUCGGGGGGAAGCUGGACGUGCCCAAGCAGAGCUCCCAGCGCGGCCUCACCGCCCGCGAGCGCUUCCAGAACCUGGACAAGAAGGCGAGCUCGGACACGGCCAGCGCCACCCUGGACACCCUGCACAAGAACAGCAUCAGCCAGAUCUCAGUGCUGACUGGUGGGAAGGACAAGUGCUCCCAGUUCUGUACCACAGGGAUGGACGGGGGCAUGAGCAUCUGGGAUGUCAAGAGCCUGGAGUCAGCGCUGAAGGAUCUCAAGAUCAAAUGAAGGAGCCACCUGGGAAGGGCAUCCCAGCUUCCAGCUGCCCCUGCUCUGCCCCUGCCUGCUGCCCUCUGCCACCCCCACCCCGUGCCACAAUGCCACCAGUGCCUGUCCCCGCUGCCAGCCAGCCCUGGUGGCUGUUUCCAGACAAAAAACCUCCAUUUUUCUUACUAUUUUUGUUACCAUCCUUCCUAAUGCUGGUCAUACAUUGCUUGGAGAAAUAGCAAAUAAAGGAUUU